UCCUCAUGUUCUUUUUCGGGGAACCCAGCAAUGUUAACUUCGCUGUGUAUACGGGUGAGUGAACGGCUUGAAGGCUGAAGGUACACUCUGGGCUGUUCUAUGGAUAUGUAACCUGCACCCCUUCCCAGAGAGAUAGACCUUGUGCUCACAGGUAUUUAGGUAAAGCAGCCAAAAGGAUCGCCCUGUUCGAAGAUUUUCAAUUUACAAACUACAGAUUUUAUUUCAAAUCCAUCAUCAAUACAAUACAAGACAUAAUGCUGAGGGCACUGCUGGUUUUGCUGACAGUGAAUCUGUGCCAAGGAAGUGGACAUGUUUGUGACUUGUAUUUUGACAAACAAUAUGGAGGCAUCUUUGCUGAUUGUACAGGCAGAAAACUUCAACAGGUUCCAAACUACCUUCCGGGAAACAUAACAGCCCUGGAUAUCAGUGGGAAUGAUCUGAAAAUAGUCCAAAAUAACACAUUUUACAAAUUUAACAAGCUCAUUUAUCUGAACAUGAACAUGAACCUUUUGUCAAAGUUUGAGCCACGGGCAUUUAGUGGCUUGUCCAAUCUUACCACUCUCCUUCUUGCCCGAAACAAAUUAAGAGACCACAAAAUGUCUUUCCCAGAUGAACUUUUCCAAGACCUUAUGAGUUUGCAAACUCUUAAUAUCGAACAGAAUGAAAUGUCCUCUUAUCCAGAUUGGGUGUUUCUUCCUCUAAUCAACCUCCACAGUCUGUAUAUUGACUCAGUUCCUGCUCCUUUGUUUGGUUCAGGAUUCUCCAAACUAGCAAAUCUGAAAUUGUUACAGAUGGAUUCACGGUUUCUGUAUGAAGGAACAUGUUCAACUGCACAUCUCACAAAUGAAACAUUUCAGAGUCUAAUUGAAACAAAACUUGAAGUUUUGAUUUUAAACUUUUGCUCAGAUUUAUCACACUGCGAGUCUGGCGUUUUAGCGCCACUAAUAUUUCUAAAACAUUUGGAACUUACCCAUAAUCAAAUAGGAAUUCACAAUGCUUUACAUCUGCUCCAUCCCUUCGUAAAGCAGAAUAUGAAAAGAAUUUGGUUCAAUGGUACAUUCAAGUUCAAAAUGCAAGAUGAAAAAGACAUUGUCGAUAGAGUCCUAACUAAACAAAGUAUGCGUUAUUUGACCCAAAUAUGUGUCACUGAAGUAUCUUUGAGAGGUAACCAGUUAUAUUUGAUUGAAUAUCAAUCACUCUACAAAGAUCCGUUUGAAGGAUGUUUGAAAAAGCUUGAUUUGUCUGACAACUAUGUUGUUGGGGAUGCAGGUAUAAUGUUUUUCCUGUUCAGAUUUUCUGAACUUGAAUAUCUGGAUUUCAGCUUUCAAAGACAGGAUGAAGACUUUCCAAGUUCUGUAACAUUACAUGUAAACUCUUCCAUAACAGUCACGUUGCCUCCAAACAUUAUAUAUUUCGGUUUUUCUGGUACACUGACAGGUGCCAAUAGUGUCCAAGAAAUCGUUUUUCAAAACACACACAAACUUGAAACUGUAAUGUUUGCUUCUAACUUGCUGUUUGGUUUAAUGAAAGUGAGGGGUUUUGAAAAUGUGAGCAAUGUUGAUUUAUCAGGAAAUAAGUUUGACAAUGUGUUUGAUUUUCACUCAUUUGCAAACGCAAAGCGGUUAUCUUUACGAAAUUGCAAAUUACAUUUUGCCCUUGAACCCUUCAGCGCACACAUCAUAUUCAAUUCUAUGAAAUCUGUAGAAUAUUUGGAUGUCUCUAUGAAUCAGCUCCAAUAUAUACAACUACGUCCACUUUCAGAUACAAUCGUUCAUCUAAAUCUAUCGCAUAAUGAGUUUGAUACCAUUCCCAUUGAAACACUUUAUUAUCCACGCCUUAUCCUUAUCGAUUUGUCAUUCAACCUCAUUGGAUAUCUGGAUAAAGAUACCAGAUCGAAACUCGACUUGUCAGCUGAAAAGAACAACCUCAAACUUAUUGUCGAAGGAAACACCUUUUCGUGUAGCUGUGAAAAUCUAGACUUCAUUAUUUGGUUGAUGGAUACACCAGUGAUUUACGAGUCUGACAGGAACUUCGCUUGCCUUCUGAAUAAUGGCAGAAUGACGGGAACCGUUGAUGUGGCCAACAAUUAUAAAAGUCUAAAUCGCUACUGUACAGGCAAAUUGACCCUCAGUCUCUCAGUCACAUUUAUGGUGGUAAUAUUUACUUCCAUUUCUGCAUCAUACAUGGUCUCCAAGAAUCCAAUGCGAUAUCGUAAUGCUUUGAUGAGAAUAUUUGGAUUAGGAAUCAAAUAUUUAACACCCAAAGAGUUUGCUUUCACCUUCUAUAUCGGAUAUUGUGACGCUGACAUCCCUUUUGUCUAUAGGAAACUGCGACCAGCAUUGGAACUGUGUAAUUCCCCCUUGCGUCUCUUCCUGAAGGAUCGGGAUGUUCUUCCGGGGGUUGUUAUUGCCGACGGUAUUAUUUGCGGUAUCACUAACAGUUGGAAGUCUGUCCUGGUGAUUUCAGAUGACUUUCUUGAAGAUCUUUCUCAGUGGUCACAGUUUACUCUUGAUGCAGCCCUGUACUCUUUAUCGGAUCUGAUUCCUAACCGGAUUAUUGUGAUACUUAUGGGCGCCGUGCAGGCGAAGGAUCUCCCAGAGAUUCUGCUGAAUGUUGUGGAAGAGGAGUGCAUACUACGUGUUGAGGAUUACCAGGAUGGGGAUAAGACUUUGUGGAAGGAUCUGAGAAAAACUGCCGGUGUUUGAUAAGGUCAAACGUUUUCAUUGCAGCAACUCAAUGGAUGGUAGGGAAAGGUCUCAACUGCUUGGGGACAAACUGCCCUAUUGUAGUAUCCCGGUGGUUGCCAUUCUGUGUGUACAUUUUCAUAUUUUUGAAAUGUCAGAUGAUUUGACAUCAGUGACAAAUCUCUCAGAUUUGCCAAAUGUUUUGUGAUCUAAAUCUUAAACAAUGUUUGACAAUGUGCAUUUAUUGUAAAUUGAUUGUUAAGAAAAAUGGUCUGCAUAAAUAUAAAGUGUCAUCAAUACACAUACUCGUAUAACUUACAUCUGAACUUAUACAUUUUUCACAUCCUUUGAUUUCUAUCUUUUCCAAUAUGUUUUGUUUCUGAAAGAUUAAUUAAUUCUUUUCAUCAGAACUGCAUCCAAACUGGGCUAUGAUUUAUGUGUAUUUAUGUAAGGUAGGAUUCAGUUCAAAUAUAAAAGGACUUAUACUGAAAAUAAGAGUGGCAUUUCCUUGAAACCAUUAAUGAUGCCAACCUUUGUAAAUACAUAUCUGUUACUUGUAGUACUGUCGAUAUGUUUGGCUUUGAUAAUCGUUGAUUUUCACAAACAUAUCCAUAACCAUGAUAUAAUCUGUGUAUUUGGCUUUUAUCAUCUAUUUGUCUGGCUUAUAUCGUCUGUUUAUUCGGCUUUAAUCAUCUAUUUAUUUAGCUUUCUUCAUCUGUGUAUCUGGCUUUCAUCAUAUGAUUAUCAGGCUUACCUUCAAUUAUGUAUCUGACUUUUAUUUCAUACGAGAAAUGUUUUACAAAUGGUUAUAAUUCUUUAGGCGUCUAUGUUCCCAGUAAAUUACUUAAUCUGUAAAAGAAUGUGUUAUAUCUAUUAAACAUUAUGUAAAUUA